AUUUUUUGCUUCAUAAUUAAUUCAAAAAGUGUCAAGACACUAAACAUAUCACAUAGUAUGCAAAACAAAUAUCAAUAGUUUAGUGGUGAUUGGCGCUGAAUUUGAUAGAGAGGAUCAUGGUUCGAUCCUCACAACUGCAAUCGGGGAGUUGGAACCACUUGAUGCCAGAGCUAACCUACAAACUAGAUUAAACUCGUGGCGAAAGCCUUGGUAUGCAAAACAACAAAAAUGAAUUGCAAUUCAUUUUGUUUUGAGCCAUCAACUUGUACUGUUACCACUUUCAUCUAUGUCCCUAUAUAAAGCCACUAUACUAUAUUGCCAAUCACCAUAUAUACACCUAACCUUCAUAAUUUGCUUAAACUUAAACACUCUCAAAAGCAUAAUCAUGAGAACUAAAACUAUUAUUAUAUUUUUAGUUUUCACCUUCUUUGCUUUCAUUCCUUCAAUUUCAAAUGCAAAACAAACACAACCCUUUUCAACUAUGCUCAAUAUUAACCAUAUUGUAGACAAAAUUUCUCACUUGAAAAAUGUAACACAAAGAUUCAAUGAGUCACAGUUACAAAUUUCAGUCCCUUUAGUGGUAGCUGGAAUUCUCUGCUUCAUAGCAUCAUCAAUAUCCAGUGCUGGUGGAAUAGGUGGUGGUGGAAUUUUUAUACCUAUAUUAACUAUUGUAGCUGGAUUAGACUUGAAAGUAUCUUCAACUAUUUCAGCUUUUAUGGUCACAGGAGGAUCAGUUGCAAAUGUUAUAUGUUAUAUGUUUUCAACUAGUCCUAAAUUUGGUGGCAAGUCAUUGAUUGAUUAUGAUAUAGCACUUUCAUCUGAACCAUGUAUGUUAUUAGGAGUAAGUGUUGGUGUUAUUUGUAACCUUGUUUUUCCAGAAUGGUUGAUAACAUUAAUGUUUGCUGUUUUUCUUGCUUGGUCUACCUCAAAAACUUGUAAAAGUGGAGUUAUGUUUUGGAACAUUGAAUCAGAAGAGAUAAGGAAAAAUAAUAAUGGUGUUGAGGAAAUUGAAAAAGGGUUGCUAGAAAAUGAAAGUACUAAUAAAGGGUUGGUGAGAAUAAUGGAAAAUGAUGUGUCAAAAACUUUUGAAGAGAAUCUUAUUAUGGCCCCUAAAGACAAUAAUAACAAGUUGUGUAUUCCUUGGUUGAAAUUGGGAGUGUUACUUUUGGUUUGGUUUUCUUUCUUUUCCAUCUAUCUUCUUCGUGGCAAUGGAUAUGGACAGAGAAUCAUUCCAAUGGAACCAUGUGGUGUAGGAUACUGGAUUAUCUCAUCAGUUCAAGUACCACUAGCUGUGGUUUUCACUGCUUGGAUGGUAUUUAGAAAAGAAAGUCUUCAAGAUUCAACUCUUAUACCAGAGGUACAGUGUCAGAAUAGAAAUUGUCCAUCAAAUAAGCUUGUUUUUCCAAUGAUGGCACUACUAGCAGGAAUGUUGGGUGGUGUUUUUGGAAUUGGAGGUGGAAUGCUGAUAAGUCCACUUCUUCUUCAGAUUGGAAUAGCUCCUGAGGUAACAGCAGCAACAUGUUCUUUCAUGGUUUUCUUCUCUUCUACAAUGUCAGCAUUGCAAUAUCUAUUGUUGGGAAUGGAACAUGUUGAGACUGCCCUUAUCUUGGGUAUAAUGUGUUUUUUUGCAUCACUUCUUGGGUUAUCAGUUGUGCAGAAAGUGAUUAGGAAGUAUGGAAGACCCUCUAUAAUAGUAUUCUCAGUUAGCAUAGUUAUGUCUUUAAGUAUUGUUCUAAUGACUAGCUUUGGGGCCAUAAAGAUUUGGGAAGACUAUAAAUCAGGGAAAUACAUGGGGUUUAAACUACCCUGUUAAUAAAACAGUUAUGUUAGAUAAGUUUUUGUUUGUAUACCUUCCUCUUUUUUAUAAGUAUUUUCGUUAUUUUCACAUA